AUGCCUCCUGCGCCCUCCCUAGGCGGUCGUAACCGUGCUCCGGUUGCUGCCGCUGCGGGAGGAGCGAAGUCCCCUGCCGCACAAAGGGCGAGGGCAACGGCAGGCAAGCCCAAGCCGUCGAAGGCAAAGGAGGGCCACACAGCCAUCGUGAACGCGACCGACGACACUUCCUCGGCAGCCUCUAAGCACGGGAAGACCGCUGCUGGCAGUCGUGGGCGAGUUUUCACCGAAGGCGGAGGCGUGGCCGCAUCCGACAAGACCUCCAGUUUGGAUGCUGGCGAGGUGGAGGAGCUGGUUCGCCGCCUAGCCGCUGCUGGAUUGAAUGUCACGGUACAGCCUCUUGAUGCGGUCCAAGAGGUGUCAGCCAAUGCCAACAGCGGCAUCAAGACCAACGCGUCCAGAGUCAACGCGCCCGGAGCCAACGACGGUCCGAUCGAGGACGACGUCGAGAUGGGGGCCCCGGACCAGCCCGGCGCAUCGCGCAUCCAUCACUCGAUGACGGCAGAGUCAUCCGACGACGAGUCGGAUGAGGAGAUGACGCUCCUCCGCCCUGGGACCAAUGUCAGCUCUAUGCUCAAUGCCAACGAGGACAAAGCUGGUGAGGGCGAGGAUGUCGAGAUGGGUGGGGAUGUGCAGCUCGUUGCUCGCCCGGAUGGAACUGCGGGCAACGACUACUCCAUUCAAGAGGAGAUGGGUCUCGCGGGGGUCAAAGGCUCGAAGAAACAUCAGACUUACCUGUCCAUCGUGCGGCGCAUCCGGGACUACGUCAUCGCAGCACAGCUCAACGUUGAGAAGGAGUGGCGCCAAAUCGCGCCGGAGGACAAGGGAAAGCUCUAUCGUGUGGCUCGCACGGACAUCCCUUUUCUCCAGCGCUUCGUCAACGAUUGGGCCACGGAGGAGAUUGCGAAGCGGUACCUCAAGAACAAGCGUCAGCAUCUUUACCGUACCGGAGAGCUCGCGCGACCUACCAAGUACGCCCACCUGAAGGCCAACGCCGCUAAACGUGACCGUGACGGAUCGCGUCGCAAAAAGGCGCUCGUCAAUGCGGAGGCGGCGAAGCGGGCAAAGACCAAGAAGGCGGCGACCGCGGCAAAGAAGGCGCGCAAGGUCAGCAAGAGUCGCGCUCCCCCCGAGAGUGCCAUGGAUGUCGAGGAAGAGGCCUGA